AGAAGGAGCUAGAGCUGGGCGUAGCAGGAACUGUUAACAGUCUUCAGGCACAACCACGCAGCGAAUCUAGUUGCACCAUUUUUCUCCAUAAACAUAUAACGUAAUAUUCAUGGGUUUAUCGGCGGCCCGGCGUUAGAUCGUGAUAUAAAGACGGACGGCAGUUUCCACAGUGUUUCUAAAUACCAUCGAGGGAAAAUAAACGUACUUUGUUUCAGUGGACAAUAGCUGUGUCAGAACAGUCUGGAUCAUGGACGGUGGAGUGAUAGUAGUUACCAAACCCACUGUGAAUGUGCGCCUCACAAGCACCAUCUCCUCAUUUGAGGUGCAGCGCAGGUUCAACAGAGGGAUUAGCAUCGCAGAUCUGAAGGGGAAGCUGGAGAUGGUUAUGGGUACGCCUUCCUCCUGCAUGGACCUGGAGUUGUUCGGUGUCAAUGACAAGUUCCUGCAGAAGAUGGAUGAUAAUGAAGCCAUGCUGGGUUCUUAUCCUGUGGAUGAUGACUGCAGAAUACAUGUUAUUGAUCGAAGUGGAGGUCAAUUGGGGGAGUUUUCUGAUGUUUCCAAAGUGGAGAAGUUUGAACUCUCAGAUGACGCUUAUGAGAAGAAAACAGAUACAGCAAGGUCAUUCAUGAAGAAACAACGCGUCGGUCGCUUCAAUGAAGAAGAAAUGGCCAAGAAGAAAGCUGAGAAUGCUGCACGGGAGGAGGAGCAGAAGGUUGCUGCUGAUGCCAUUUCAGUUGGCAGCCGAUGCCAAGUGCAGGUCUCUGGGCAGCCCACAAAGGUUGGCACAGUCAUGUAUGUUGGCACAGCAGAUUUCAAGCCAGGCUAUUGGGUGGGUGUGAAGUAUGAUGAGCCACUGGGAAAACAUGAUGGCAGUGUUGACGGGAAGCAGUACUUUGAAUGUGAGAACAAAUAUGGUGCGUUUGUGAAGCCCCUGACUGUGACUGUUGGAGACUUCCCUGAGGAGGAUUAUGGUUUAGAUGAGAUGUAAGACUGUUAUGUCACCCUGUCAAAGAGGUAGAGUUUUUCUGCCCUGAAAUUUGAGCGUCCGCCUCAAACUCUUAUCCAUUCACCAACCAGAGAUGAUGGAAAGUCAUUGUCAGCGUAACAAAUGAUUAUUUUUUGUUUGUGUUUUGUGCUACUCUGGAUGGCAUGAUCCAAAGAGUGGUGUCUGAAGGUCUUAUAGCCUCAAGUUUCCUCUCAGUUAUGCCAAGGCAACGUGAAAGAGAUGACUGCCAGAUAGUACAUCUCUUGGUGUGCUGGAUAUGAUAAUAAUACAGGUAACCUCAAAAGAGGAGCUUAAACCAGCGAGGUUUAAUAAAGAAGAGAUUUUUUUUGUUGCAUCUAGACAGCAUAACGAAGUGUAACACACUUCUGUUCAAUUCACUUAACUUGCUUUAGUUGUACUUGUUGCUCCCAAGCUUUCUCACGAUGGGAGUCUUCUGUGUAAUCUAACAUUCAGUUUAAAUAGCGGCUUCAUUUCUCCUCAUUUAGUUACAUCAGUGUGUGCAAAGAUAACAUACAAAGAUUGUAUAUAACUAUUUAUAGUUAGCUCUAGUUUUAGCUUUUUUUUUUUUGAAGACUGUAAAUUGCUGAGAGUGGUCCCAGGAUUGGACAACUGUCUACUGAAGGAAAAAUACCCCCUAAAAUACUUUGACACUAAAAAUAAAAUCAAAAUAAGCAGUAAUGUACCUUGUUUACCUGGCUAACAUGCCGUCACAUACAUAUCUCAGUGCUCAGUGCUAUAUCAGUGCUCAAUGAUCGAUUUCAGGUUUUCGUUUUGAUAAAUGAUAUGAAUGAUAAACCCACACGUUUUUAUUCACAAACAACUGACGGCUAAGAAAUUCACAGUUAAAGAAGAAAGAAGAAACAACAGAUCCACACCAACAGUAGCAUCAGUAGUCCACAGAGAAACACAGCUGUUAGAUGUACCUUCAGCUUUUUUGAAUCCUAUUAUUGCAGUGAUUGCUCUUUACAAACUGUAGAUGUCCAAAAGUCCAGAAAUAACAGUGUGAAAGUAUCAAAGGGUAGAUUUUUCCUUUCUAACAAAGCUAGAUUUCCUAAAUUUAAUUUUGUGUUGUGUGUAGUGUGUAAACAGUCCCUUUUUAAGGGUUCCAUGUGGAUAUGAGAUGUAAUUCCCCUUAUUUUUUCUGUGACUGAAUUCUUCUUAUUAAAAAUUAUCUGCACUUGAAA